AUGAGACCAUCUGCCGUCCGCCCACCAUCUAUACUGAGCCUUUCGAAUCCCGCACGGGGUGCAGCUCGCAGACCUCGAGCAUGCUUCGUUGCGAAAUGGCUUCAAUCGCGACAGAUCUCUGUCUCGCCUUUGGUACAUCAAGAAGCAGUUCCUCUGCGGAAACAUCUCAAGGAUGAAGCAAAGAGGAAGAAGGCAGAAACUAAGGCGAACGGCCGUGAUAAGAGCAGAUCAAACGAUGCAUCCCCGAGAUUGGAAAAAUGGGAGCUGACGGUGGGCAUCGAGAUACACGCCGAGUUGAACACCGCCUGUAAGCUGUUCUCCAAUGCCCCAGCAUCUGUAGGAGAGGGCAAUGGGGCGGCGAACAGUAGAGUGGCGCUGUUUGAUGCUGCGAUGCCUGGCACACAACCGCAGUUCCAAGUGGCCACUCUUCUCCCUGCCCUUCGAGCAGCCAUAGCGCUUGGCUGCAACAUUCAGAGGAAAAGUGGUUGGGACCGAAAACAUUACUUUCAUUGGGAUCAACCGAAUGGAUACCAGAUUACUCAAUACUAUGCACCUUUCGCAAAAAAUGGCACCCUCACUCUCACUACUUCCGACGGCAUCUCUCCCACCGACCUCACGCCCGGCUCCUCCGCCCUCGAAAUUGGGAUCAAGCAGAUUCAAAUGGAACAAGAUACCGCCAAAACCACAUCUCAUGGAGCCUCAACUUACCAUAUUGACCUCAAUCGCGCCGGCCACCCGCUUAUCGAAAUAAUCACGCUCCCUCACAUCCAUUCACCACAGACAGCUGCAGCUGUAGUCCGCAAAAUUCAAACCAUUCUCAAAAGUGUAGACGCUUGUGCGACGGGCAUGGAACUAGGUGGUCUAAGGGCAGACGUCAACGUGUCGGUUCGAGAACGAGGCACUGCCGGGACCGGCGCUACCUAUUCUGGCGUCAGUGGGCUUGGGCAGAGGACUGAGAUCAAAAAUUUGAGCAGCUUCAAAGCUGUGGAGGAUGCGAUUAUUGCCGAAAGAGACCGACAAAUAUCUGUUCUUGAAAGUGGAGGAUUUGUGGAGGGCGAAACUCGCGGGUGGACUCUUGGUGAGAAAGAGACGAGAAGGCUAAGAGGGAAAGAAGGAGAGGUCGACUACAGGUAUAUGCCUGACGCGGAUCUGCCAUCAUUGGUCAUCGGAAGCGAUUUGGUGAAGCAUCUGAGAGACACAAUGCCAGAGCGACCGCAGGAAACGGUCGAAAGGGUGUUGGAGAGGUAUGGGUUAAGUGAGAAAGACGCGAAAACAAUCGUUGGGCUUGAUGAUGGUGACAGAUUGGAGUUCAUGGAGGAAACUGUGAGCAUUCUGGGCGAGCUAUCGACAGAGAAAGACAACAAGAAAUUGGGAAAGAUGGUCGGCAACUGGGUCUUGCAUGAACUUGGCGGAUUGAUGGAGACCAGCAUGGUGUGGCAAAAUGUGAAAGUCACGCCGCAGGAGCUCGCACACAUUCUCGUAAGGCUCACGAACAAGCAGAUUACUGCUCGCGCAGCAAAGCAAUUGCUGGCCACGCUAUACGCAUUGCCGGAAUCAUCGAGACCCAGCGUGGAGCAAUUGAUCGAUGAAGGAAACCUCCGCCUACGACCACUUUCCGAUGCCGAAUACACCACUUUAGCGAAGGGGAUUAUGAACGAGAAUCGAGAGAUGGUUGACGCGGUCGUCAAGAAGGGUCAGAAAGGCAAAAUUAUGUGGUUCGUUGGACAGAUGGUGCGCAGGGGUGAGGAAGGUACUGUUGAGCCAGAAAAGGCGAGGCAAAUUGUUGAAGGUCUCCUUGCGGCCACUCAGUGA